AGAAGGCGGACCAAGGGAUGUCAGAAGCUGGCGGUGGUAAACUGGCAGAGAUCUUGGCCAAGAAAAGAGCAGCCAGGGAAAAAGCCAGGGAGGAGGACAAUGUUUCGAUCUCGAGGAACGCAUCUUCCAACGUUGAUCAAAACGAAUCGGAAGACGAUGAAAGAAGGUCCUUGUCGCAUACAAGUGGCUCCUACGAGCACAGUGAACGAUCUCGAACUGGCGGCUUCGUGAACAUGAGUCUGAGUCAAGUGGAGGACCUGACGCGAGUGGCGCAAGGAGGGCUCGGCAUCCUCUACCAAGGGAUUUGGAGAGGAACAGUCGUUGCCGUGAAGAAGCCAGUUGAUCCGCGAGUCGCCAACGAUCCUGCACUCAAGGAAGACUUCCGUAGAGAGGUUGAGAUUCUCAGUGAGAUUCGCCACCCCAACGUCGUGCUCCUGAUGGGCGCCUGUCUGCAAGGCACGGGCCUCUGCAUUGUGCUAGAGUGGUGUCAGGGAGGCUCUUUGUAUGACGUGCUCCAUCGGAGGCGGGUGGAUAUGAACAACCAUCAGCGGGUCAAGAUCGCGCGGGGCGUCGCUUGCGGCCUUGCCUUUCUUCACACAGCGUCACCAGCGAUCAUUCACCGAGACCUCAAGACUCAAAACAUUCUCCUCGACGAGACUCUCUCUGCUCCCAAGCUCUGUGACUUCGGUCUGGCCAUCAGGCUCAGCGACAGUUACGUGACCAACGCGCAAGCAGGAACACCUUCAUACAUGGCGCCUGAGCUGUACCGAGGUGAAGCUUGCUCGCUCGCUUCGGAUGUGUAUGCCUUCGGCAUAGUGCUCUCCGAAAUCUUCUCGCAAGAGCUGCCGUUUGCUGCUCUCGAGCUCUCGGAGAUUCGAGAGAAGGAAGGAGACGGAGGAUGGGAGGCAGGGGGCCUCUGA